UAUAUGUAUGUGUGUAUUAUUGGGAAUCAAACAGACAAGUGCUCAUACAAAGAAUCGCAAUAUAUAAUUCAUUUAGAUAUGUUGAUCGUCUUCUCAAUUAUUUUCCCCUUCUUUACAAUCAUCACAAGCUUCUUAGCAAUCUCAACAUCUGUUUCAUCAAUUCUUCAUCAAGAUGAGUUGAAUGCUCUAAAGAAGAUAGCCACUACACUUGGUAUCAACGGAUUGGACCUAAGUUCUGGAGACCCUUGCUAUUUAGGAUACCUAAAGAUGAUUCCCGAAGUUGCUAUUGUUUCGAAUCCGGAGCUUAGAAACAACACCAUUGACUGUGAUUGUAGCUUCAACAAUAACACAACAUGUCGUAUAAUAAACAUAGACCUAAAGACCCUUAGCCUUCGAGGAAAACUUCCACCUGAGUUAGCUGAGCUUCAAUAUCUCCAAACGAUAGACUUGUGUAGAAAUUACCUUUCGGGCUCAAUCCCAAUGGAGUGGGCUUCGCUGCCAAACCUUACUUAUAUCUCGCUCUGCGCGAAUCGUUUGUCUGGGCCUUUACCAUCUGGUUUACAAAAUUUCAACAAUCUGAGAUUCCUAGGGGUUGAAGCAAAUCAGUUCUCUGGUCCGAUUCCCGACGGGAUUGGUAACUUGACGAACCUAAAAGGAUUACAACUUGGGUCCAACCAAUUUACAGGAAGCCUGCCUAACUCUCUCGCGAGACUGGUGAACCUUGAGGAUUUUAGGGUAAGUGACAAUAACUUUGAUGGUACCAUCCCAGCAUACAUUGGCAACUGGCCUCGGCUUCAAAAGCUAUAUCUAUACGCGAGUGGACUAAAAGGACCAAUACCUGAUGAAAUAGCGCGCCUAGAAAAUCUUACUAACUUGUUUAUCACUGAUACGAGUGGGAUUAACAUCUUCCCAUAUAUAUCGAGCCAAGCCAUUGAAACCCUGAUUUUGAGGAAUGUGAGUUUGUCUGGUCCGAUUCCUUCUUACAUCUGGAAUAUGCCAAAACUAAAGAUUCUUGAUUUAUCAUUCAACAAUUUGACUGGUGACGUUCAUGGAGGAAGAGCACCAGCAUAUACAUAUUUGACUGGAAACAGGCUUUCUGGAGAAGUUGAAUCUGGUGUUUUUCUCAAAAGCAACGCUCAAAUUGAUCUCUCUUACAACAAUUUCUCAUGGUGGCCUAGCUGCCAGGAGAAUAGUAACAUUAACACAUACCGGAGCUCAUACUUAAACAAUUUAACUGGGAUUCUUCCAUGUGCUGGUCCAAUCAACUGCACGAGCUAUCAGCGAACACUACAUAUAAACUGUGGUGGAGACAACAUAGUUAUUACAAAAUCUUCUCAUAAAAUCACUUAUCAAGCUGAUAACACUAAAACCAAAGCCGCAACAAAUCAGCAAUUCAAAGACUGGGGAAUUAGUAACACAGGGGAAUUCUUCUCAGAUGGUCAUACGAAAGAAUCAAGUAACACAGAUGACACGUACAUCAUUUCAACUAGUUUAAGAUUAUCUGGGGAUUCCCCUGAUAUCUAUAAGACGGCACGUCGAUCUCCCCUAUCUCUAGUUUAUUAUGCGUUUUGCAUGGAGAAUGGAACCUACAGUGUGAAACUCCAUUUUAUGGAGAUCCAGUUUUCAGACCAAGAACUAUACAGUCGUCUUGGCAGACGCAUAUUUGACGUUUAUGUUCAGGGAGUAUUGUUCUUGAGGGAUUUUAACAUCAAAGAGGCGGCUAAUGGGACUCUGAAGCCUGUUUUCAAAACAGUGAGUGCGAAUGUGACAAAUAAUAUAUUAGAGAUUCAGUUGUACUGGGCUGGUAAAGGAACAACACUUAUUCCUGAAAGAGGAAAUUAUGGUCCUCUUAUCUCUGCUAUCUCCUUGUGUCACAGCAGUAUGGAGCCACAAUGUGGAGCAAUGAAAACAGAACUUGACACCAAUUAUCCACUAAUUUUCGGGGUAGUGGGUAGCUUGAUAGCAGUUACUCUCUUGGCUUUUGGAUUAUACACUCAGAAAAUAUGCAUACGAGACAAGUACACACGAGAAAGAGAUUUGAGAGCACAGGGUGUGCAAACCGUUUGCUUUACUUGGAGGCAACUGGAAGCUGCAACAAACAAUUUUGAUCAAGCCAAUAAACUUGGAGAAGGAGGUUUUGGAUCCGUAUUCAGAGGAGAGCUUUCAGAUGGAACUAUCAUAGCAGUCAAGCAGCUAUCUUCCAAGUCAUGCCAAGGAAACCGCGAGUUUGUGAAUGAGAUAGGCAUGAUCUCAGGUCUGAAUCAUCCAAACCUUGUCAAGCUUUAUGGAUGUUGUGUAGAGAAGAAUCAGUUAAUGCUCGUGUACGAAUACAUGGAAAAUAACUCCCUUGCUCUUGCACUGUUUGGAAAGAGCUCCCUGAAAUUGCAAUGGGAAGUUAGACAAAACAUAUGCGUGGGAAUUGCAAGAGGGCUUGAAUUCCUCCAUGAAGGAUCGAUGAUCAGGAUGGUUCACCGUGACAUAAAAACCAGUAACGUGCUUCUAGACGCUGACCUUAAUGCAAAGAUAUCAGACUUUGGAUUGGCUAGGCUCCAUGAAGAAGAACACACCCACAUUAGCACCAAGAUUGCAGGGACCGUUGGAUAUAUGGCUCCAGAAUAUGCACUGUGGGGUCAUUUGACUGAGAAAGCAGACGUGUUCAGCUUCGGAGUUGUGGCAAUGGAAAUUGUUAGUGGAAAGAGUAAUAUGAAACGGAAAGGAAGUGAUGAUCAUGUCUCCCUUAUCAAUUGGGCUCUGACGCUGCAUCAGAGAGGGGACAUAAUGGAGAUUGUAGAUCCAGUGCUCCAAGGAGAUUUCAACAGCAAAGAAGCAGUAAGGAUGAUCAAAGUUGCUUUCCUUUGCACAAACUCAUCUCCUUCCUUAAGGCCUACCAUGUCAGAGGCUGUUAAAAUGCUCGAGGGAGAGAUCAACAUAAGAGAGGUUAUGUCAGAUCCUGGUCUAUAUGGACACAAUUGGAGCAUCUCAAAUCUUAACAUUGAUACACAUGGAAGCUCGAGUGUGUCUGGUGUGGCCCAUCAAACGGCAACGACAAUGCAAUCCUCUGUUUCUGGUUCUGAUCUCUACCCAUUUUGCAAUGAAUCCAUGAUCCUAAACUCCACAGCAGAGUUUUCCUCCUCGCCAAUAUGAUAUCAGAAAGUUGUGUACAUUGCCUUAUCUCUUAAAAAAGAAGAAAGGCUUGUGAAGUUAUCUUAUAGAUAGUUAGCUACAUUUGUACCAUUCAAGUUGUCUAAAACCUUACUACAUUUGUACCAUCCAAGAGACUGGUAUCUCUCUGAAUGCAUGUCAAACUAUUAUUAUAUAUUUUUUAUGAAAGGCUUAUUGAAUCUAAA